UUGAAAUGUCAGUUCUAUCCGACGGUAGUGACAAUCUUUGCCGUGUUUGUCUUGCAACAAAUCAAAAUAACCAAAAUUUGUUCGGGACUAAACGAAAUGAUCAGGAUAAUACAGAUACCUUCGACCUGCUUGAGAAAUUCCGCUUGUGCAGCGGCGUUGAGAUCAUGGAGAACGAUGGUUUACCCACUACUAUUUGUAUGGAAUGUAUGAUCAAAGUUAACAAUGCUCAUGAAUUGAGAAAACAAUGCCAGCAAUCUGAUAUCCGAUUGAGAGAAGUAUAUGGAAAGCUUAAAUCAAUGUCCAAUACAAAUAGGCUUAAAACCACCAAAGAUCAAUGUUGUCAGACCGAUUAUACCUUUACCUCUGAGUUUAUUAAAAUGGAAGCUAAUAUAGUUUCUGUACUGAAUCGUGACACCUCUUCAACUGUAAAUUGUGAUCCUGAUUCAGAAAGCAUAGAGGAACUUAAAACAACUAUCGAACCGAAUAGCAUAGAACAGAGUGAACUUAAUAAUCAUCUAAAUGAUACCAAUGUUAAAUAUAAACAAGCAGAAUGUGAAAAAAUUGUCAUAGGAAAAGAUGCUUAUCGAACAAGGAGAACAACUAUGUUCAAAAGAGUGACUUCUAUGGAAAACUUAAAGAAUCAUAAGGAAAGACAGAGACAGUACAUAAAAAAGAAUGCAAAUGUUAAGCGUGAUAUUGUAGAAAAUGAUUACUCUGUGAAUGUUGAGGAUACAAAUUCUCAGAAUUCUUACACAUGUUCAAAAUGUAAGAGGUAUUAUUCCAGCAAAAAGUCUUUGGACAAACACAUAGCAACUCAUAAUGAGAAACAAUUUACUUGUGAGAAAUGUGAUAAACAAUUUAUCGAAUUGGAUGAAUUGGUAAAGCAUAACAAAUUACACAAAGUUAAAGAGAAACUUAAACCUGUACUAUGUAGAAUAUGUAAUAAAAAUUUCAAAAAAAUGGAUACUAUGGUACGACAUUUAAAUGUUCAUAAAAGAGCUAAUCCAAAAGAAGUUCUGUCUAUUCUAAAAGAAAUUAGGGACAGACGAAAAUUAGAAAAUAACGGUGAACAGAAAGAAACGGUUACCGAAAUUGGUGUUAAUAGUAAAAGGAAAGAAACUGAAGAAGAAUAUAUAAAUAAUAAAUAUACAUCAAAGAUGUUGAAGAGUUGUGAACGUACAAGUUCUAAUUGUUGUUUAUCAAAUACCGAUGUUGAUAUUAACGAAGUAUUCGACGCUUUCGAUGACGCGACAUCUCAUCGAUGUAAACAUUGUAAUAAAUGUUAUCAGACUAACGAGUUGCUUCAAGAACAUUUACUGAUUCAUACUGAAAAAAGGUUCAUUUGUAAUGUGUGCAAUAUGAAAUUUUUCCGUCAAGAUAGGUUAGAAAGUCAUAAAACUCGCUACGGACACAACAAAGACAAAGCGUCUUUAGAAACGCAGAAACCAUCCGAUGAUAAGUCGGCGAUUAAAUUAAUAAACAGCUGGAUAAAAGAAGAGUUGGAUUCGGAUAAUGAAGAGAAGGGAUUCCCUUGUAAGAUUUGUGGAAAAUCAUACGACACUAAAAGAUCUCUAUUAAAACAUGAGCUAAACACGCACAAUUCACAAGAAGAAGGCUGUAUGAAUUGCGGCGACACGUGUAACUGCGAUGUAAAGGAUAAAGAUCAACAGAAAUCUAACGAAAUAUCUAAACCGUAUCGAUGCGAUGAAUGCAACAAAUCCUUUGAAAAGGAAAUCAAAUUGCAGAGGCACAUAAGAAUUCACGAACGCGUCAAAGAGCAGGAAGACGCAAAUUUCAAGCGAUUCCUGUGUCAUAUAUGCAGUAAAACGUUUAGACAAAAUACAGGUCUCAUGUUUCAUAUGAGAACGCACACAGGCUAUAAACCUCAUGUUUGCAAGUACUGUGGACGAGGCUUCACGUCUAACUCGAAUUGUAUAAAUCACGAAAGAACGCAUACUGGUGAUAGACCGUUCGUUUGUCAUUUUUGCAGUGCUGCUUUUGCCAAAUCGUGUACUUUAAAAGCACACAUUACAACGCAUACUGGCGAAGCCAAUUACCAUUGCAAAACAUGUGGAAAAUCGUUUAGGAGGCUGAAGUACUUGAAAGAACAUAGAUUUACGCAUACAGGUGAGAAACCGUAUGCUUGUAAAAUUUGCGGCACGGCGUACAGCCAUAACGGUAGUUUAUUCGUCCACGAAAAAAAAUGUAAAGCUCAGUAUCAAACCGCGCAGAAUUAUUGCCAAUCAGAGACGUCUUCACCAAGCGUGACCCCUAUUAUCACAAUUUUACCUCAAACACAUCUGAAUGAAAUGAUCGUUCCGUUGAAUAUUCAGGGUAAUAAAACGUACGUAAACGAUAUUCAGAGAAUAAGUUCCCCGAGUAUGGACAGCGUUAGUCCUGUUGGCACUCCAGAUUUACAUGUUCAUCCUAAUUCGGAUGCUUCCGAUGUUUCCUUGACCGUCAAGGACUUCGCUUUCAUCGGGCACAUGUUUCAAUCGUAAGACGAUUCAAAUGAAUAAUCGACGCUCGAAUUAAAAAUGUUUCUGUGAUAAAUGUUCAUUUCGCGAACGUAUUUUGACUAUCGAACGAACUGUAUUUCGCAUUUUAAGAAAACAAGUGUAGCAAAUGCGUGAAACGUUUGUUAUCCAUUUUUUAACAAGCACGGCACACUGUAUAUUGUAUUUUAUAUAUUAUAGGACGUGGGAGAAUGGGUCAAUUUUGACUUUACAUCUUUAGUUCGCACAAUAUAACGCAAGUAGUAUUCGUACGAUAUAGCAUCCGAAUAUUAUCGCUGUAUAAAGGAAUAAAGGUAGCCUGUUAAUAAAACAACAAAAGUCAACCACUCUUUUUUUUAUUAGAUAGAUAUUUAUUAAUUUAGAAUUCUAUUCAUUAUUAUGGUGUUUUUCUUGACCGACGGUGGUUAAAAAUAGUUUAUCGCCAUCUGCAAUGGUUGGACGUUCUGAAUUAUCGAUGCGUCGUGGACAAACUAUAAAGUACAGGAUAGUGUUUAGUGGUGCGUAAUUUCACCACAGACGAGGUAUACUCGUCUGUGGUUUCGUAUUAAAUCCAGUCAGUCUAAACGUAUAGCGUUUGUAAUGUAAGCACAUUUAAUUCACAUAAAGUGCAAUGAAGUAUAGUGAAACUAGUGAAGAAUAUUUUACUUUAAAAUGAAGAUUUGUACGUGUUGCAGAUCGAAUUCGCAACAAUUCUAUGAUUUCAUCAGUAGUAUUAAUGCGUCGUCGCCGCUUCCAUUUUUUUGAUAGUAUUCCAUUUAGUCGCUAAAUAAAAUCCGACGAUGAAAAUCG